CCUAUUGAGCGAUUAGCACUCGUGUGUUCCAUUCGUUUAUUUUGUAGAAUGAAAUUUUUCGUUUGGUUGUAUCGGAAUUUAUAGAGAGUUCAUAUCAUGCAUACGAUGAAUGUAACUAACUCAUGGGCCGUUGAAUGAAUCGAAUGCCACAAAUACACACGUUACCAAUUUGAACAUUUUGAAAAUUAACGAUUUAUUCAUCGUCGGUUGUCCAUGCCAGGAGAAUCGGUUGAAUAAUAAGAGCGAGAAAAAAAAGUUGGUGGUUCAAUAUCUUAACGUCCAUGACGUAUGACGAAUGCCAGUGUAAUUUCGACAGUUGCACAAGUGAAAUGGCUUAAGAAUUUGCCAUAUAUCCAUUUGAAAACAUUGAAAUAUACAGAGAGAGUCGAACAGAGUGCGCACACACAAGCGCACUUUUUCAUUGAGAUAUACAUUUUUCUCUUCUUCUUCUUCUGUUCAGUUCGUUUUGCGAAUAUCCGUGGGCACACACCAACAACGCACGCAUACCAAUGGAUAGCGAGAGCCAGCCAGAACGAGUGAGUGAGAUUGAAUGAGCGGGAGAGACAGAGAGCGCACUAGAGAAACAACCAAACCGACGACUCCAUGACGAAGCACAUGCACACAUACAUCGAUGCAUGGGGCAGCCUGUAUAUAUGUUUUAUGGAUGUUUUUGUGGCUCUUUGAUUGCUGCUGUUGCUGCUUACAUUACUACUCUGCCUCGGUGCUAUGUGAGUUUCGUACACAUAAACCCAAGAUGUAUCAUUAAAUUAAUAAUUAAAAUGGCUGAAGAUACAUCAUUUAACAGUCUUUCGUUUUGAUUUCGCGUUUAAGUUCCAUAACUUGUUCAAAUAAUUCUUGUCGUCAAUAUUCGUUUUAUCUAUUUUUUUCUGUUUGUUUGUGUUCCUUUCAUUCCCCCAUGUUUUAAUUUUAUUUCAAUGUGAAGAAAAUUUACGAAAAUUGGCUGCGCGAGUGUGAAGACAAAAAUUCCAGUGAAUAUUCGGUCAAGAUAAAAAAAAUAUAGUGAGCAAGAAAGAGAGAGAAAGAAAACGAGAAGUGUAGUAAAAUAACAACGUUUUGGAAGUAGAUUUGAAAUCAAACAGUAACAAAUACUGAACAGAACACAUAACAAAAAACACAAAAUUUACAACAACCGAUAUUAUUUUGAUACGGGAGCUUAAGCACACACAAAACGAUUAAAACGUGAGUUUCAACAGCAGCAGCAACAGAAGCAGCCGCAAAAAAACUAACAAGUGAACGAAUAGAGAGAAAAAAAAUCGUUAUGAACAGCAGAAAUCGCUGUAUGCACAAGAGAGCCACUAAUAACACAUAAUUGCAACAACAACAACUUCCCGUGAAAACAAGCAGCGAUCAGCAAACAGAAAGCAAAACGUUCUGAAUAUUAAAAAAAACACACACGAGUGAAUCAAAUGAUAUACAGAAUAAAAAGAAGAAAAUUCAAACGAUUUUGAAUGAGAUUUUUAUUGUGGGUCAAAUUCAAAGUGGACACAUUUCUGUUUGUUGGUUGAAUCAAACGAAUAGUGAAUUACACGGGAAAAAGUGGUGUGUUGUCGUGGGUCGUCAAAUCCAAUCAUCAUUGGUUUUGUGUGUGUCGUUGAUUGAGCAGGUUGUGUAAAAGUGGAGGAAUCAGAAACAAAGUUUCAACGACAGAGAGAUAAAAACAGAAAGUGAGUUAGGGAGAGAGAUAGAGAUAAAGAAAGGCAAUCCAAGUGGCAACAAGUGUGAACGGGUUUUUAAGGAAUUCUGUAUUGCUGCUAUCGUCGGUUUGAUUUUAAUUUCAUGGAAAUAAAUAAAUCAAUGGUCGUCAUGAAUGGUGAUGUAGUCAAGUAAUUCCGAAAUCGUUUAGCAGUGUUUCAUCGAAACGGAAACGAGAAGAAAAGAAUUCUUUUUUCGGGCCGAAUUUUUAAACGAGUAAAAGGCAAUCAUCAAUGAAAAGAGAAAGCGAAUAAACAGACCACAGAGAAGAAGCAAGCGGAAAAUACGAAGACGACGACGACAAGAACAGGCACAAACAUAAAAUUGAUAAAAAUCACGUUGCGCUCAUUUCGGCGAGGAGGGCAAAAAAUGUCCGAUUGGAGUUGGAUGCGAGUUGAAAAUCGAUGCAAUAGUCUUCAAAAUAAUGCAAUCCACGACCGAUUCGGCUUCCAGCAGCAAUUGCUCUCGAUAUAUACUACAGGUUUAUGUUGGCCAAUUGUCAUUGCACUAUGAAGCGCUCAGCGUUGAAGCUUCCAAACAAACGACUGCCGAAGAAAUUGUAGCAUGCAUUGUGGAGCGUCUUAGUUUAACGGGAACGAAUUAUGAAUUGGCCGAAGUUGCUGGUGAAAGUAAAGAGCGACGCUUAUCACCUGAUGAAAAACCGGUUUCAGUGAUGCUGCUGUGGCCCCUUCACUCCGAAAAAGAUUUUCACAGAUUUUAUUUGCGCGAAUCACAGGGUGAAACACCAUGGCUGGACAAUUAUGGGCUGGAUUUACACAUAUUUCGCGAUUUCAUUCCGUUCUUAUUCCAACCGGAGAAUCGUGAAUAUCCCGAUUUGUGCCAAUUACUCGACUUGAAUGAGUCAACACUUUUGGAAAAUCUGCGGCAACGCUUUGUUGCCGGUCACAUAUACACGUACGUUGGCAGCAUUUUGAUUGCUGUCAAUCCAUUCAAAUUCUAUCCCAUCUACAAUCCAAAAUAUGUACGGCUUUAUCAAAAUCAACGCGUUGGACCAAUUUUACCACCUCACAUAUUCGCAAUAGCUGAUAAUGCAUACUACUGUAUGCUGAGAGAGAAACGAAACCAGUGUGUAGUCAUCAGUGGAGAGUCCGGUAGCGGGAAAACAGAAAGUACAAAUUUUCUGUUGCACCAUUUGACGGCGCUGUCACAAAAAGGUUCACAUGGUUCGGGCGUUGAGCAAACCAUUCUCAGCGCUGGCCCAGUUUUGGAGGCAUUUGGCAAUGCAAAAACGGCACACAACAACAAUUCUAGUCGAUUCGGUAAAUUCAUUCAGGUGAAAUACAAGGAAAAUGGAAUGGUCCAGGGCGCCAUCGUGCAAAAAUACUUGCUCGAAAAGAGUCGAAUCGUAUCACAGGGGCUGGCAGAACGAAACUAUCAUGUGUUCUACUAUUUGCUGUCAGGUGCGACUGCACAAGAACGUGAGCUUCUACACUUACUUCCUGCCGAAAAAUAUUGCUAUUUGAAUUCGAAAAAUCUGCAGCUGGAAAAUUGCGAUGAAACUUAUGAAUUUUCGCGGCUAAAACAGAGCAUGGAAAUGGUUGGAUUUUCGGCCGAAAAGCAACGACGCUUAUUCAAUGUAUUGUCAGCGGUGUUGCUGCUGGGCAAUGUGGAAUUCUUCCCCAAAAAAUCCACGUAUCACCACGAUGAAAGUGUUCAAGUGCGUAAUAUCGAAGUGGUUGGCCUGAUAUCAGAGCUGCUGAAAGUGAAACAGGACACACUGUUGGCGGCACUCACAUCGAAACGGGUCAAAGCCAGUGGUGAAACAUUGAUUAUGCAAUACAAAUUACCAGAAGCAAUAGCGGCACGUGAUGCACUUGCAAAAUGCCUUUACGGUGCAUUGUUCGAUUGGAUUGUGCUGCAGGUGAAUCAUGCGCUUUUGAAUAAAGAUCAACUGCCUCAUACGGGCCACUCAAUCGGUGUUCUCGAUAUAUUCGGUUUCGAAGACUUUGACUCGCAAAAUAGUUUUGAACAAAUGUGCAUCAACUAUGCCAACGAGCAUCUUCAGUAUUAUUUUAAUUUGCACGUUUUCAAAUACGAACAAAACGAAUAUAAAAAGGAGGGCAUCAAGUGGCGGGACAUUGAGUUCAUGGACAAUUCAGGCUGUUUGCAACUGUUUGAAUCAAAACCAACGGGCCUUUUAUGUAUUUUAGAUGAUUUAUGCAACUUCCCGGGAGCCACAAAUGAAACACUCUUGCAAAAGUUCAACAGUGUACAUCGCGAUAACAAGUUUUAUGAGAAACCGCAAAAAAAGGAAAAUGCAUUCAUUAUCCGACACUAUGCAGGGAAAGUAAAAUAUCAGGUUACUGAAAUGCGGGAGAAAAACUUAGAUUUAAUGCGACAAGACAUAGUUAGUGUAUUGAAAAAUUCGAGUAUGGCAUUCGUGCGUGAGCUGGUGGGCGCCGAUCCAGUGGCUGUAUUCAGGUGGGCGAUACUUCGUGCAUUUUUCCGCGGUUAUUUUGCAUUCCGCAGUGCUGGCAUGAAACAUCGCAAAGAACGCAAUAGUCAAUCGAUCAAAUCGAAUCGCAUAAGCCGCUUCCGAAGCCCCAACGAAUCAAUUUUAAGAAAAAACAAAUCGUUUCGGCCACGCGAAAGACCAAAAAAGGGUUUGAAAAACCUGCAAACAGUGAAAACACUAACAGCUGGCCAGAACCUGUUGAAUUCAACCACAAUCAAAACACGCAAACAACCACUCACCGUUACAGCACAAUUCCAGAAUUCAUUAACGGCCCUGAUGGACACACUCAAUCAGGCCAAUCCAUUUUUCAUUCGGUGCAUAAAAUCAAAUUCGGACAAAAUUCCGAACAAAUUCGAUGAUGCGACCGUUGUGCGGCAGUUGCGGUACACGGGAAUGCUGGAAACGGUGCGAAUUCGUCGAGCCGGUUACAAUGUUCGAUUGACGUACGAAGAAUUCAUUCAGCUGUACCGUAUUUUAUUGCCAAAAGGUCUAGUCAGUUCACAGCGAGAUGUGCGCACAUUCAUGGAUAAAAUGAACCUUAAUAAGCAACAUUAUCAAUUAGGAACCACAAAGAUCUACAUGCGUGAAUCGCAGAAAAUGUGCUUGGACUACAAGCUGCACACAAAGAUUAUCGAGAGUAUUGUGUCGAUUCAGCGAUGGUUCAAGACGAAAAGCCAACGGGAUAAAUUUGUAUCGUUUCGUACGGCUGCCAUUAAGAUCCAGUCAUUUUGGCGAAUGCGCAUGGCCCAGAAUAAAUUGUACCAGUUGAAAUUGCGAACGAAUGCAGCGAUUGCGAUUCAAUCUAUGUUUAGGAUGUAUCGGGCGCGAAAAAUGUACAAGAAACUGGUGAACGGACUGAUAUUAAUGCAGGCGCACAUUCGUGGCCGUGCAGCACGUAUACGCUUCAAACGAUCCCAUCGACAGAAAGCGAUGAAAGAGCGCUACAAAUUGCGACCAACACAAAGUUUGCCGUUACAUGACCGCGCCACACCCGACGGUGAAACGAUCGAUGUUGAAAUUAGUAAAUCAUAUCCGAAAUUGGUGCAGUACAGUUUGGAUUUGAUCGGUGAAAGUACCAGUGCUGAUGCCACAAAGAAUCUAUUGCCAACGACGGUGGCUGAACAGGACGCAAGCCUACUGAACAAAGCUGAACAUCAAUUCCGAUCGCUAAUGGUUUCCACAAAGACGACCAGCAGCGGCUUAGGCGAACAAAUAACAAGUGAUAUCAAACGGUUUGGAAACGAUGGCCAUUCUAAGAGUAAGAUUGAAAGUGCGGAAAGUGUCGAUAGCCACAGUCCAAGGUCAUACAAUGUCGACACAGCGACAAAGCAAUAUUUCGACGAUUCCUUCAUGGUUAAAAAAUGGGAAAUGUCAAAAUCCCCCGUUCGUUUAAUUGAAAGUAGUUAUAGUAGUCCCAAAAGACAACCGGUUUCCAGUUCGAGCUUGAAGUCGGAUCCACGCGAAACAUUAAAUUAUAAUCUAAGUAGUUCGAAUGUAACGAAAAUGCAGGCAUUGACCGGCUAUCCAGAUAGCACGUACGCCAAUUUGAGUAGCAAAGAUAAGUCAAGUGCAAUAUCCCCAACAUCCGUAAAUAAUAUGAUGUCAAUGAGUAAAUCGGUGAAUUUGCAAUCGCAUCGACGUGAAUUGAAUACUGGGCUGUCGUACGAUGAAACGAAACUGGCACGAUUCCAUGGGCCAACUGAUCUGAGUCCACAGCACGAGCAAGCGUACGCAAACAGUUCGAUAAUAAACAAUAGCAAUAAUAGUAGCAACAAACAGCAACAACAACCACCGGACAAUAUGCAUUUAAUGUCACAAAAUAAUACUCAAACUAAACUCAAUAGUUCACCGUAUAAGCAUCUAGUCCCGCACAGUGUUGAAGAGUGUACGCCACGUGGAAAAGCGGCCGCACUUCUUGGAACUGAUUCAGUAAUAACGCCAACGACGAUGACGACGACGACCAUCAAACAUAAGCUAUCAGAUAGCACCGGCAUCAGCCAUCAUCAUACGCCAACGCGUAUUCCGGGCGCAUUUUUGCAUUCCAAAUCGCGACGCAACUCCGAUCCUAGUUCGAACAAAAUGACACUGCUCGAAACGAAUCGCGGCAAUGAUAUGUACCAGUCAAGUACGCACAUCAAUAUUGCGGGCCAUCGCUUUCACAAAGCCAGUAAAAUUGGAAAGAAUGAGAAAUGUGCGAGUUGCCAAGAGAACGAUGCAUUCAUCAAUGAGGGCCAUCGAUGUUUGGACUGUCGCCUGCUCGUGCACACCAAAUGCAUACAGAAUGGUGGCGUGAAGACGUUGCACUGUGAAAAGUCAUCGAAACGACAACCGCGCAAAGGUUCCGACAAAAUAUCAUCCAAGUACAGUGGAACGCGCGAGUACACAGAUUCGGCGGAUAAAAUUAUCAGCGAUGCCAAGGAGUUGCAAUUGAUGCAAGAUUUUAUCGCACAAAAAAUUUACAAAAUGGAUGCGGAUUGUGAUAAAACUGCUGCCGUUGAUCGAGUAUUCAAGCAGGCGCUGCGCGAAUUUAAAGACAAUUUAGUGGCACAAUACAGUAUUGCACACAAGCAAAAAUCCGAUACGCUUAACAUAAAAUAUCGGGAUCUGAUUUCGAAUUUCGAACAAGUGAUGGAAACGUGCGGCAAUAAAUCAGAAGACUUCCCACUGACGAUGUGCGUGAACGGUUUUCGGGUGUUUAUGAACGAAUUUAUGAACUCACGCGAAAUGGAAAAACCGAAAGCCAAACGGAAAAAGGAGAAGAAACGCAAAGUCGACGAACAUACCAAUUACAAUGGUCAUAUAUUCCAACUUACAAUAAUCAACAUACCGACGGCUUGUGAAAUAUGCCAGCUGUUCUUGCUUUGGCCAAUUGAGCGUGGUUUGGUGUGCCAAAAUUGUCGCCUUACAUGUCACAAAAAAUGCUAUUUAAAAACGCAAACCUGUAACAAAGUUACGAACCAAUCAAACGACAAUGCAAAGUAUGCACCAGUGCCAACAUCGGGAUUGUUCGGUAUCCCAUUGACCAGUCUGUGUUGUAUGGAGGAUAAUACGGUGAAGAUCCCGGUGAAAAUUGAGCAAUUAAUCACAAAAAUCGAGAUGCAUGGUCUGUAUACGGAGGGGCUGUACCGCAAAAGUGGUGUAAAUUCCAAAAUCAAAGAGCUUAAAAUGAAAAUGUCCGAAUCGAAGGGUGAAAUCGACUAUGAGCUGUACAAUGUGCACGUGUUGGCGAACGUACUGAAAUCAUUUUUACGUGAAAUGCCCGAGCCACUGUUGACAUUCGACCGAUAUGACGACUUCUUGCGUGCAUCGGAACUCUCCGAAACGACCGAUCGCGUUUCAACGAUGAUGUCACUCAUUAAGAAAUUGCCGACGGCUCAUCAUGCACUGUUAGAACGAUUAAUUUUCCACCUAGCAUUGGUGGCGCAACGGGAACAAUUCAAUCGAAUGUCGGCCAGUUCGUUGGCAAUUGUAUUUGCACCGUGUGUAUUGCGCACGAAUCGAAUUGUUCCGGCACAGGACAGUUUGAAUGACAUUGGCCGACAAACGAAGUGCAUAGAAACGUUGAUCACACAGAAGAUGGUGAAUGUUCGGUGCACAUUGAACGAUAUUCACAGUUUGGACAAUGCGGCACAUACGGCAACAGCGCGUCUAAGUAACCUGCGAAGUUCGAAGGUGUUUACACCCGAAGAGAUCUUCCCAAGACCGCAAAGCAUUGAGUCAGAAAGUGAAGAGAAAUUGCUCGAGGAUCAUCUGCAAGAAAUUGAAAUGGAAAAGGCAAUUCUAACAUCAACGUUGCCCAGUUUGGCUCGUGCCAGUUCCGAUGAUGAUUUCUUGUCCACGGAUAUGGAGGCCGAAGGUGAAGGUGGAAGUCUCGACGACUUGACCAGCAGUCGAUUGGAAGAGACGACAAAGGAAAGUAUUGAUUCAUCGUUUGGCAGUAUUAGCGAACCGCAACUCAGUCCGAUGAAUGAUUCGUCGAACAAAGAUUCGAGCGGUAUGGAUCUUGAGUCACCGGUUGCUUGUUAUAAUUUGCGCGAGCAAAAUAUCGACUAUUUGCCACCGGGCCAUCGGCAAAUGUUCCAAUUCAGUGGAAUGCGUGAUCGAAAUAUGGGCGAUAGUACGCCGUCAACAUCGACCAGCGUUGAUUUUCAACAGCCACAAAUCCACACCAAACUGAUUGAUAGCCAAAAAAGUAGCUCGGCAUCCAUUGAUUCGGCAAAUCUGGGCGAAUUUCAGCACAUCCAACUGACCGCAUCGAUGCAACGCCAACCACCACCAUUCAUCAACCAGCCCGACGACGAUAACGCACGAACAAACAAACAGAAGCCAACAAAACGUCGUACCAUUGACGACAAGCCAAUUAUGGUAUAAGUACGAUUUAGAAUCAAAUCAAAUGGAAAAUAACAUAACAAAAGCACACAUUGAAGAAUAAACCUAACAUUUAGAAGAAAAUUUAACAGAGAUGAACCUAUACAUUAGAAAGAUAUUUACAACAAAACAAAAAACAUUUAUAUUUAUAAAAUUCAUAGUGCAAAGUGAAACAACAGAGAAUUUAUUGACAACAACAACAAAACACACACACAAACCCAACAAAAAGGAAUUAUAUUAACGUUCAGAAACCCAUAUUGAGUAUCACAAAUUAUCAAGAUAACUAUUUUCAUGUAAAAAAACACACGAAAACAAAAAGAAAAUCCACAAAAAAAUAAAUAACCGCACACUAUUCACCAAACAAAAAA